CUCUCAGCCAGCGAUUUUGGUGACUGCAAGCAGUCAUCGACAUAUCCCUUUCCAAUCGACUCAAACUUGCUGAUGACAUUUUCCACUCCACCAAUGGCACUCACGUACGAAGAUUCCUGUCGUCUCUUCUCCAUUCUUCCUCCUGCAGAGAACAAAAUCAUCGCUGCUGCCUCGGCUCGCGUGUAUCAUGCUUCCUUCGGCGCUCUAGACUCCGAUUGGUCUUACUCCGGCCUGAAAGGCAUCAUCGUCCUCGGCUGUGACAAUCAAAUUCACGUCGGCAGGCAUGCCCCAAACUUGAACAGAACCACCUAUUGGUUCCGUCUUGUCGACCUUCUGAAGGGUCGGGUAGUGUGGGUUCACCAGGUACAUGAGAUCAUCGAGUACGAGGCGGAGAAGCCAUUCUUCCAUGUCUUCUGCGGAAAGAGUCGGAAAUUCGGCUUCCGCUUUGACGAAGACGAUGAAGCUUCCGUCUUUUUGAAAGAAGUCACACGUCGCGUUGUUGAUAUCCCUGUCCCAAAGUCUGCUUUCUCGCUUCGAAAACAGAAACCGCAGUCAGCGAGAUCACCACGCCGUCCUAUCAAUGGCUCCAUGAUUUCGUCUCCUGUCCCUGACUCUUUCCACCAUGUGGCGCACUUGAGCAUCGACGAGAAGGGUUCUCUUGAGUCGAGUUGGAAUGUAGCGCCCGAGUGGACCAUGCUUUUGCAGAAGUUGGAGGGUUACGGCGUUGACGUUGAAAUGGUGGAAGAGAAUCUGGAAUUCGUCAAGGGAUUCCUGGCAGGCGCGGAGGCAGUGAGAGGGUCAACAUCGGCAUCCUCCGCAAGUUCUUCUGUCUCAUCGGCUGGGAGCGACGAUGGGUAUGGUCAUUACAGUCCGGAGCCUGUCCGCGCGAAGAGGCAGCGAACAAUCCACCGGAAGCCCGUGCCAGAAUACUCGCGCUUCUGAACGCAAGUGCCUCAAUAGGCAUCGUCUUUAGUUCAGCUUUCUGUGAUCUCUAUCUCUCUCCCCUUAUGAGGCUUCUUAUGCACUUUCUCUUGAUGAGACAGGUGCUACUCCAUGACGAUCACGGCAUAUGUGGGAUAUGGACAUCAUCACAUGUAGGAUACGGACAUCAUCGCAUGUAGGAUACGGACAUAAUACUUCUCUAGGCUCGAUGGGUGCCGUAACUUAUAAGGACUUGACAUGCAUCGCUAUCUCCUUGUAAUCUAGGUUUAUGUUGAACUAGCUAGUGUAUUAUACUACCACUACCACAAAAGUACUUUUUGCAAUGGUAUCUAUC